AUUAAUUGUUAAUGUGUAGCCUUUUUGAAUCCUAGUCAAGAGCAGACCGAAUUCAGUUCUCCCGUUUGGGAAAGAACAUCAGUUGCUCCCCUCAGAGUCUUCGCUUAGCCUCCGGAGACUCUCUCAGCCGUAUUGUUUGUGUGAGUUUCUCCUGAGGCUGCUUGCUCUUGGAGACAGAGAUUUUUAUCACAGCCCCUGCUUUAUUACAGUCUUGCUUUUUAAAUGUUAACCAACUGCUUGGUGUGGUGCUAGCGUUGUGGAAAUCUCAGGAGGAGCAUUGCUGGGUCUUCAAACAGCUCCUCCAACAACCGACUUUCUUCAUGCUGCUCCUUUUCGCUGGUGCCAGCCACUUCAGAUGGUUCAGGUGCUUGGCGUUGCUGCAAUAUUUUCUUCUUAUCAGAUGGAUCCAGUGCAAAAAGCCGUCAUAAAUCACACAUUUGGCGUGUCACUCCCCCUAAAGAAGAAACAGGUCAUCUCCUGCAAUGUGUGUCAGCUUCGCUUUAACUCUGACAGCCAGGCUGAGGCCCACUACAAAGGAAGUAAACAUGCCAAGAAGGUCAAAGCACUAGAAGCAACGAAAGCGAGACCAAAAGCUGCUGCUUCUAAGAACGGCGCAAUGGCUAACACGAACGGCUCUGCCACGCCAGUCCCGGCCAACAUCUCUGACAAAUCAGAUAGGGCAAUUCCGAAAGCGGAUGACUCUAGUCAACUUUCAAGCGCUGAAGUGGUCGCCUUUAUAUCCGAGUCUGCCAGUGCAGCAGCAGCAGCAGCUACAGUAAUGACACCUUCGUGGUCAGUUUCUUCCAAGAGCACAAACGGGACUACCAAUGCCAUUUCUGAAUCCGAAGAGGAGAAAGCCAAAAAAUUACUGUAUUGUUCAUUAUGCAAAGUGGCUGUGAAUUCCUUAUCUCAGUUAGAAGCACACAACACAGGUUCCAAGCACAAGACAAUGGUUGAAGCUAGGAAUGGUGCUGGUCCAAUUAAAUCUUAUCCUCGGCCUGGAUCCAGAUUGAAGACUCAUGGCACUAGUAUGGGCUCAGGACUGCAGAACAAAACAUUUCAUUGUGAGAUUUGUGACGUCCAUGUCAAUUCAGAAAUUCAGCUUAAGCAGCACAUUUCUAGCAGAAGGCACAAGGACAGAGUUGCAGGGAAGCCUACAAAACCAAAAUACAGCCCUUACAACAAACUACAGCGUAAUCCAAGCAUUCUAGCAGCAAAGCUGGCCUUCCAAAAAGAUAUGAUUAAGCCUUUGGCACCUGCCUUUCUCUCCUCUCCUCUCGCUGCUGCAGCUGCGGCAGUUUCCACAGCUUUGACUCUCCCACCACGACCCUCAGCUGCUCUCUUCCAGGCCCCUGCAAUACCCACAGCUCUCCUUAGGGCAGGACACGGGCCCCUCCGAGCUGCUCCAGCAUCUAUCCUCUUUGCUCCCUACUGAACUGGGAAUGAGCAAGGCAUAACUUUGGCCAUUUGGAAGAACGACGAAAGAAGAGGCGAGCAAAGUUUCCACAUUUUUUACAAGACUGUAUUUUUAAGAUCCCGUGCUUGAUUCCGUCCCCUGAAAAUAAGUUGCGAAACUCCUCGGCAGGUAUUGCAAUCUAGAAUAGACAGGCUUGUGGGGUUUUUAAAUAAAGCUCGGAUACCUGGUUUACAAAAAAAAAAUUUGUGCACAAAAUAUGUCAAGGGUUCAUAUGUCUGUUUUUAACUGGAUAUUAUGAUUUAUAAACAAGGAAUGUGGAGUAUUUUCCUGUCUGACUUGAAAAAAACAGAAUUGUAUACAUAGGUCUCUGGAAGCCAACUUGGUUCUAUUCUGGGGAGCAGAUUCUGGUGUGCAACAAAAGCUGGGUGAAAUAAUUACUUCGAUGGCUGAAAACAUCUCAGUAGUGGAUUGCAAUUUCUUAAUACUUAUGUAUUCCCAUUCCUAUAAUACAUGUCUUGUUUUAGGCCUUAGUAUGAGUGCAUCUUGUGUAAUGCUCAAGAUUUAUCUCUCACUUGAUUUUAAACCAUUUUAGUGGCUGUGCAAAUGUUUAGAAGCACAGCUCAGCCUUGAAUCUUUUCUUUCUGAAAAUUUAAUGUCUUUAAUUUAUCAUUUUAUUUAGAAGGACUCAGAAAUAACAAAGCCAUAUAUCCCAUAAGUAAGAUGAUGACUUGUUUACAAUUUUUAUUUAAUUUAUUUUGCAUUCAGUUAUUUUUCCUCCCCCUCCCUGCCCAGUUGCUAAACAUCCAUUUCAAAGAAAUUUCAUCAUCUAUAUGUUUACUAAAGAGAUUGUGCACAUUGUUCAAUCAGAUAAUGAGCUGGCAUAUUUAUUACUCAUACACACACACCCCAUCACACUCGUGUAUCUACAUAUCUCAAUUUGGUUUGCAUUUCUAAACUCUUUUCCUAUAGAAUGAUGGCUGCAUACAGUUGUGGCUCCCAAUGCAAUAAUGUACAGGAGAUAAAAUAUUUAUAAAACAAA